GCUUUCAGAUAAACUUCUGUGAAAAGGCACAAAGUAAACGCAAAGCACUGAAGUUGAAUUUUGCAAAUCCACCUUUCAAAUCUACAGCAAGGUUUACUCUGAAUCCCAAUCCUACAGGAGUUCAAAACCCACACAUAGAGAGACUGAGAACACACAGCAUUGAAUCGUCAGGAAAACUGAAGAUCUCCCCUGAACAGCACUGGGAUUUCACCGCAGAGGACUUGAAAGACCUGGGAGAAAUCGGACGAGGAGCGUAUGGUUCUGUCAACAAAAUGGUCCACAAACCAAGUGGACAAAUAAUGGCAGUUAAAAGAAUUCGGUCAACAGUGGAUGAAAAAGAACAAAAGCAACUUCUUAUGGAUUUGGAUGUAGUAAUGCGGAGUAGUGAUUGCCCAUACAUUGUUCAGUUUUAUGGUGCACUCUUCAGAGAGGUAAUACACACUUCCUUUCUGCUGUCAGCAUCCUCAGCAACCGGUGACUGUUGGAUCUGUAUGGAACUCAUGUCUACCUCGUUUGAUAAGUUUUACAAAUAUGUAUAUAGUGUAUUAGAUGAUGUUAUUCCAGAAGAAAUUUUAGGCAAAAUCACUUUAGCAACUGUGAAAGCACUAAACCACUUAAAGGAAAACUUGAAAAUCAUUCACAGAGAUAUCAAACCUUCCAAUAUCCUUCUGGACAGAAGUGGAAAUAUUAAACUCUGUGACUUUGGCAUCAGCGGACAGCUUGUGGACUCUAUUGCCAAGACCAGAGAUGCUGGGUGUAGGCCGUACAUGGCACCGGAAAGAAUAGACCCAAGUGCAUCACGACAAGGCUAUGAUGUCCGCUCUGAUGUCUGGAGUUUGGGGAUCACGUUGUACGAGUUGGCCACAGGCCGAUUUCCUUAUCCAAAGUGGAAUAGUGUAUUUGAUCAACUAACGCAAGUUGUGAAAGGAGACCCCCCGCAGCUGAGUAAUUCGGAGGAAAGGGAAUUCUCCCCGAGUUUCAUCAAUUUUGUCAACUUGUGCCUUACAAAGGACGAAUCCAAAAGGCCAAAGUAUAAAGAACUUCUGAAACAUCCCUUUAUUUUAAUGUAUGAAGAACGUACUGUAGAGGUCGCAAGCUAUGUUUGUAAAAUCCUGGAUCAAAUGCCAGCAACUCCCAGCUCUCCCAUGUAUGUCGAUUGAUGCCGCUGCUACGUCAGACUCUAGAAAAAAGGGCUGAGAGGAAGCAAGACGUAAAGAAUUUUCACCCUAUCACAGUGUUUUUAUUGCUCUCCCAGACACCAUGUGCAAUAAGAUUGGUGUUUGUUUCCAUCAUGUCUGUAUACUCCCGUCACCUAGGACGUGCAUCCCCGAAGUAUCCGACUGAUCCCAGUGUUCGUGCUGGUCAGAGACCUCAUCCUGCUCUUUCCCGAUGACAUACUCAUGAAACGUGGAGACUUCCCAGUGUUCUCAAAGGAAGCGUUGCUAUGUGUCUUCCUUCAACCACACCAAGCCAUCAUUCUCCGUAUCUCCCGGGGACUCAACUUCCUGUCUGCUGUCAACUUCCCGUCCGGCUCUGCGCAGGGUCACUUUGCCAUUCUACAGUGGAGAUCAAAGCAGUUCUGACUGUCCAGGAGCUAAGCUGAUCUGACUGUUCUGUUGUGUGGAUGACCACAUCAAAGCAAUUUUAGUGUAUUAAUCAUAGAUUAUUAUAAACUAUAAACUUAAGGGCAAGGAGUUUAUUACAAUGUAUCUUUAUUAAAACAAAAGGGUGUAUAGUGUUCACAGACUGUGAAAAUAGUGUAAGAACUGUACAUUGUGAGCUCUGGUUAUUUUUCUCUUGUAUCAUAGAAAAAUGUAUAAAAAUUAUCAAAAAGCUAAUGUGCAGGGAUAUUGCCUUAUUUGUCUGUAAAAAUGGAGCUCAGUAACAUAACUGCUUCUUGGAGCUUUGGAAUAUUUUAUCCUGUAUUCUUGUUUGAAAUCCUCCUCUAUUUAAGAUAUAUACAUGGAAUCGAAGUGUUUAUGUAAUAGUUCUAUCCUUUUGCCUGCAGGUCAGUUGUAAUAAAUCUAGGAUGUGAUGAUGACUUUGUAAUUUGAUUUUCUGAAGUCAGACCCUGAGAGGGGAAGAUUAAGUAAAUUCCAUUAAAUUAUCUGUGAGUUUCACCUUG